AUGGGGAAAAAUGAGCAACAGCAUGUACAGGAAGAAGGGCAGAGCGGUGGUGGGAGUGAGGCUGAGGCUCAUCACUGUUCGACCCUUCUUCGACCAUUCAGUUUCAAGUGUCUGUUCCUUCUCCUACUCAGUUUGUCGGCUUUGGUUUCUGCACUCUUUUGGGUUCUUCCUAGACACACGGUUACUUAUAGUUUUGAUGCAAAAGAUGAAAUUAAGCAAAGUGGUCAGUCUCACUCGCCUUCUCUUUCCUUCUCAACAAUUAUGGUAGAUAUCAGUGCUACUGUUCAGACAUCCUUCAGACUGGAAAAACCGGUUUCACAGCUUAUUCCAUAUAUUGAAAAAUUAGAAUAUGAUAUAUAUGGUGAAAUAGCUCUGCCAAAUACAAAGGUGGCUAUCCUGUCCAUGCAUCAAAGUAUUACCCCUAAUUGUACUGAUGUGGUGUUUGGUGUUCUCUCUGAUCCGAUAAAUGGUUCAAUAAAUCCAGUUUCCUUGAGUGUGCUGAGGUCAACGUUGAUUGACCUGUUUCUCAAACAAUCCAACCUGAGUUUGACAGCAUCAAUAUUUGGGAAUGCAUCAAUAUUUGAAAUCUUGAAGUUUCCUGGAGGAUUAACUGUAAUACCACUGCAGUCUGCUUAUAUUUGGUCGAUGGUUGAGGUUCUGUUCAAUUUUUCUCUUAACAAUUCAAUAUAUGAAGUGGUGGAGAGUUUUGAUUACUUCAUGAAAGACUUGAAGCAUGGAUUGGAUCUAAACUCUGACGAGAAUGUGUGCCUGCAAAUAACAAAUGAAAAUGGCUCAACAAUAGCUCCUCCAAUUGUAGUCCAGGUUUCGGUCAUGCAAGGCUUUGGGAACCUUUUGCCCCAAAGAUUGAAACAAUUAGCUCAAACAAUAACAGGCUCUGCUGACAAAAAUCUUGGCCUUGAUAACUCGGUUUUUGGCAGAGUUAAAGAAGUCAGACUAUCUACUUUCUUGAAGAAAAGACUACAUGCUUCCUCACCUUCUCCUUCUCCUGCUCCUGUUCCAUCCCCACAGUUAAUUGAUCACUCUGAGCCAUCAACUUCACCACAUCCUUCUGGUCCGUACUCUCCAAUAUCACCAGCAACUGUUGAACAACCUCCCUGUUUUGACUGUGAAGUAUCUACACCUGCACCUUCUAUUGUGUCUGAGCAUCCUCCUGAUCCUUGUCCAUUUAGUGGCUUCGUACAUCAUCCCAUCUCUUCACCAAAGUCUUAUCCUAAACCAUCCUAUUCACCUUCUGCUGCCCCUACCUCAAAAUCUGCCAGCCACACUACUGAGGAAGCUUCUGAUGUGUCACAUGUAGCUGAUGUGUCCCAUGGAUCCAAGCUUCGGCAGGGUGAAGAAACAUCAAAAAAAUUGGUGUCCCAGUUACUUGGUCCAUCCUCUAUAUCUUCAGCGGGUGGUGAUUUCCGUGGGGAAAUCUUGCUAAUGGGGUUUUGUUUGCUAUUAAUUUCUUUUGUUUUUCUCAAUGAUACCACAUUUUGA